GGGGCCCGUCCCCCUGGGUGGGUAUUUAGGGCCGGGCCGGUGGCACCCGGCCCCCCUUGCCCCCCACCAUGCUGAGUGUGCUGCUGCUCCUCGGGGGCCUGGCCCCCGCCCUGCCCGCUGGUCCCCACUGGACGUACGAGGGGCCCCACGGGCAGCAGCACUGGCACGAGGGACACCCGGAGUGCGGGGGCCGGGCGCAGUCACCCAUCGACAUCGCCACGGCACGGGCGCAGCCGGACCCGUCCCUGCCGCCGCUGCAGCCCGAGGGCUACGAGCGCCCCGAGAGCCCCCGCCUGACCCUCGCCAACAACGGCCACACCGCCGUGCUGGCGCUGCCGCCGUCCCUGCGGCUCCGGGGGCUGCCCCACACCUUCGCUGCCGUGCAGCUGCACUUCCACUGGGGCCGGCCCGGCCACGCCGCUGGCGCUGAGCACCUGCUGGACGGGCACCGCGCCCCCGCCGAGAUGCACGUGGUGCACUUCGACGCCGAGCGUUUUGCCGACGCCAGCGCGGCGCAGCAGCACCCCGGCGGGCUGGCCGUGCUCGGUGUCCUCCUGGAGGUGGGCGAUGACCCCCACCCCGCCUACGACAACAUCCUGAGGCACCUUGGCAGCAUCCGCCACACAGGGCAGACCGUGGCCAUCCCGUCCUUCAGCAUCCGGGACCUGCUGCCCACGCACCUGGACCGCUACUACCGGUACAACGGGUCCCUGACCACCCCGCCCUGCUUCCAGAGCGUGCUCUGGAGCCUCUUCCCGCAGCCCGUCCGCAUCAGCCGGGCACAGCUGGAGCAGCUCCAGGGAAGCCUUUACUCCACGGAGGAGGCUGAGCCCGAGGAGCCCCAGCUCCUGGUGGACAAUUUCCGGGCCCCGCAGGAGCUGAACCAGCGCCUGGUGCUCUCGUCCUUCCCCAGGGAGCCAGAGGGAUAUUCCACAGGUGAGGUCAUCGCCAUCAUCUUUGGCGCCGUCGCCGGCUGCAUCGGCCUCUUCCUCGCUGUCCACUUUGGGGCCAAGCGGAUGCGCGCGAGGCGGGCGCAGGCGCAGGACGUCGUGUUCAAGGCUUCCUCCCGCCACUCCCCCAUGGACGCCGGACCCUCCCGCUGACCCCUGGGCUGGGCUGGGAGGGGCUCCCGCUGUUCCCCAGCCCCCCGCCCGCAGCCCCACUGCAAAUAAAGCCCUUUCCCCCUC